UGAAGUAUAAAAGAGCACAGCAGACGACGUUUUCUGAUCAGUUUACUAGUUGUGGAUGUUGAAGUUGACUUGAAUUUCCCGAACCAAGGCUGACAUAAUUAAGUAGCCAACUUUGUUUAAACCUUUAUGCCACAAAAGAGGAGACUUGUUUAAAGAAUUGUUCAGAUUGAUUCGUUACCAAUCCUCACAAUUUUUUGUUGGCUGAGGUCCACAUCGAACCUUUGAGUACAAGAGUGAAACAAAAGCAACACCACCCGCUUUUCUAGCGAACCCAAGAUCUAUUGAAGGCAACAGUAUAAAUAGUAGUGGUUCGUUAAAUAAAAACAAUAUCAAACAAAGCAACGGGAAAAAUCAAUAAAGAAAUGCGUCAUUUCUCCUAUAUGUUUUCGUCCAUCUCCCGGUUACCAUGCUUUCUCCGUCAGACAAACAGGACAGCAAGAUCAUACAGCUCAAACAACCGUGUAUUUCAUAUUCCAGUUAUGCACAAGGAAGUUCUUACCAUGUUUGACCCUCAACAUGAUCAAAAGUUUCUUGAUAUGACAUUUGGAGCUGGAGGGCAUACUAGAAAGUUGCUAAGUUCAUGUAACAAUGCAACAGUUUAUACCUUGGAUAGAGAUCCUUUUGCAUACGACCUGGCUAUUAAAUUAGCAAGUGAAACAACAAAUGGCAAUAUUUCCCCGUUAUUAGGAAAAUUCAGUGAUUUGCCGGAACUUCUCUCAGAUGGGGAAGUGGAAAACUUUUUUGACGGAAUCCUUAUCGAUUGUGGUUGCUCAUCUAUGCAAUAUGACAUGAAAGAAAGAGGUUUUUCUUUAAGUAAAGAUGGGCCGUUGGACAUGCGUAUGGACCAGGAUAGGUUAGCCAACCAACCGUCCGCAAAAGACAUUCUAGCGCACAUUGACGAAAAUAGUCUCGCUCGCAUAUUAAAAGUCUAUGGAGAAGAAAAACAAGCGAAGAAAAUUGCGAGAGCCAUUGUUGAAGCGCGAUAUUUAUUCACAAGUCUCAAUACAACGCAUGAGUUGGCGCAACUAGUAGAAAGUGCCUGUGGAUUUAGUUCUCGUACAGAUAAGCUGCAACGAUCAAGUCACGUGGCCACCAAAACUUUUCAGGCUUUGAGAAUUCUUGUCAAUGACGAACUCAAUGAGCUCGACUUCGCUGUGAGAUUCGCUCAUCGGGCUCUGAAAAUCGGCGGGAAGUUAAUUACAAUCACCUUCCAUUCGUUAGAAGAUCGAAUAGUGAAGAAUCAUCUGCAUGACCUCGAUUACUCAACCGACAGUGACCAAAAAUACAAAAACUAUGCCAGACAGCUUGACCCGUUGGACGUACAGGUUCUCAUGGAACGGCAGUGGCAGGAAAUCAACAAACAUGUGCUUACGCCUUCUGACGAAGAGAUCAAUGAAAAUCCACGUAGUAGAUCCGCAAAACUAAGGGCAGCAAUAAAGCUCCGAUAAGCCUUGAUGGUUUAGUCUCAUUUAAAUCCAUAAAUGUGUUUUUCUUUCGAUGUUAUCGGUAGCUCGCGACUCGUUCGAAAAUCACCGAAUGUUUUACAUGUGUUUUCACGGGUAAAUGCACUAUGAACUGUUCUGAACAUUUCGCGGAAUCGCAAUUUUCUGAGACAUUUCUAAGCAGUCAAUCUACAUACAAUUUUUCCGGUGUGAAA